AUGAUCCGGUACCGCGAUGUGGUGCUCCGGGUCUUGGGGCAGAUCGCCCAACACGAAAUCUUGCAAAUACCAAGAGAGCAAAACGCGGAAACUGAUACGCUUUCCAAGCUCAGCCAGGCCACCCCAGAAUACAUCUCGAAAAUUGCAAGGAUAGAGGACCUCCAUAAGUCCAGCUUGGAGGCAUAUCCGGUCAUGCCCGUGCAAAGCCGUCCGCCCUGUUGGUUGGACCAUCUCGUGCAGUACAAGAAGACAGGCACCCUACCCCCGGAUGAGGCCGACGCUAAGGCAGCUAAGAGACGCGCCCCGACAUACGAGCUUAUCGGGGACAUCCUAUACAAGAGGUCAUAUAACGGGGCGUUGCUAAGGUGUUUAUACCCAGAUGAAGCCCGGGCUCUCAUCGAGGAGAUUCACAAAGGAACUUGUGCAGCCCAUCAGGGAGCGUAUACCAUGGCCCGAAGAGCCAUACUUCAAGGCUACUUCUGGCCGGGGAUGGCGAAGGAAUGUGCGGAUUACACACGGAGCUGCCCUACUUGCCAAAAAUUCCAGAUCGGCCCGGGCCGACCCGCCACCAACUACACCCCGAUUAGCUUCGUCAUACCAUUCUCAAGGUGGGGCAUCGAUAUUGUAGGAGCCCUGCCCAUGGGGUCGGGCAAGCGAAAAUAUGUUAUCGUCGCGGUGGAUUAUUUCACGAAGUGGGUGGAGGCCGAACCCCUAGCAAGCAUUACCAGCGUCCGGUGCAAACAGUUCGUAUACUCCAACAUACUAUGCCAUUUCAGGGUGCCAAUGCAAAUCAUUUCCGAUAACGGUCGCCAGUUCGAGGGAAAGGAGUUCAAGUUGUUCUGCCAGGAGUGGCGCAUCACCCACACCAAAGUCUCCAUGGCCUACCCCCAGGCGAACGGCCAGGUGGAGAAUGUCAACCGCACAAUAGUAGACGGGUUGAAGAAGACCCUGGAGGCGGCGGGAGGAGCGUGGGUCGAGAACCUAGAGGCGGUCCUCUGGGCGUAUCGCACCACGCCACGGAAAGCAACAGGCGAGACCCCAUUUGCGCUGCGCUACGGAUUCGAAGCCAGAGAGCUCCGGCAGAGGCUAUCAUUUUGA